AAAUUACUAAAACCUUGAAAACAAAAAAUGGAUAAAGAAGAAGAACUUGGUCGAAAAUGUUGUACUUGCUGCUUAAAGUUCAUCUUCACAGCUGGUCUCGGUGCUCUUAUCUUAUGGCUUAGUCUCCGUGCCGGCAAACCCAAAUGCUCAAUCCAAAACUUUUACAUUCCUGCCCUCAGCAAAAACCUAAGUUCACGAGACAAUACCACUCUAAAUUUCAUGGUUCGUUGUGACAAUCCAAAUAGAGACAAAGGAAUCUACUACGACGAUGUCCACCUUAUUUUCUCCACCAUCAACACGACCAAGACCAAUUCAUCUGCUCUUGUCAUAGUUGCUAACUACACAGUGCCUAAGUUCUAUCAAGGACACAAGAAGAAGGCCAAGAAGUGGGGUCAAGUAAAGCCGCUAAACAACCAGACCGUUUUACGAGCGGUUUUGCCUAAUGGAUCGGCGGUUUUCAGGUUGGAUCUGAAGACUCAAGUGAGAUUCAAGAUUGUUUUUUGGAAAACUAAAUGGUAUAGGAGAUUUGAAGUUGGUGCUGAUGUUGAAGUCAACCGUGAUGGAGUUAAAGCGAAUGAGAAAGAGAUUAAGAUGAAGAAAUCUGAUUUUUGGAAAACUCAGGGAUAUUGGAGUGACUUUGGUGCUGACGAUGUUGAUCUCACCGGUGAUGGAGCUCAAAAUAAAGGAAGUAAGACGAAGAAAUCUGAUUCUUCUUUACCAUUAAGAAGCUCUUUUCCGAUUUGUGUUUUGAUGAAUUUGCUCGUAUUCUUCGCUAUUCGUUAUCUUGAUUAGAUAGAGGUGUUGAUUUUCAACUUUUGUUUUUGUUUUUGGUUUUGUUGAUCUUGAUUAUUGACUCUUUCAUGAGUUUUGUUGUGUGCUAGUUCCAUUUUCUUCAUAGUUUCGGCCAAGUACUCAUUGCAUUCCCUUGUUGUUUUUGUUUUAACUAUGUACUAGUUUCCAUCAAUAAGAUUUCGAUUUGAAA